AUGGUGAAAAACCAGAAGCUCUGGCGUGAGAUUCAGCUGCAAUAUGCCAAGCUCUGUGAAGAUGAGCUCGGCUCGGAAGUCUUUGCUCCUCCACCCUCAUCGCAUUCUCCCCGUGGGCCCGCGGUGGCUGCGGGAUCGGAGAGCGGAACAGGCCCCGAGACCGGCGCGGUGACCGCGGUGGAAGGUGCGAAGCUGAAGCCGCUCUUCUACCGGAAUGGGCUGGAACUGAAACACUGGGUUCUGACCUGCUGCGCUUUGGUCGUGAUGUGUGAAUGGUUAGAUCGAAGUGUUUUGUCCAUCGCCUUGGAAUCCAUGAAGCCGGAUUUCCAGAUGAAUGAUGUCCAGGUGGGACUUCUAGCUUCUUCAUCCCUGUGGAUUGUGCCUCUUGCUACAGGGCCUGUGGGUCGUCUAGCUGAUCGAGUGCCCCGUGCCAAACUCCUGGGUGCAGGAGUCUUUCUCUGGUCGCUCUCCACCUUGGCCACAGGCCUCUCGGGCAGCUUCGAAGUGGCCAUCCUCUGCCGCCUGGCCGCGGGCGUCGCCAACUGUGCAGGCUAUCCCGUGGCCUUGGCGCUUUUGUGCGACCACUUUGCAGCAGAGGAGCUGAGCACUGCAAUGGGAUUCUACCAUGCGGGCUCAGCCUUGGGUGGACUUGUGGGCUUUGCUUUGGGUGGUUCUUUGAUCAGCAAGUAUGGCUGGCGUUCAGCCUUCGCACUACUGGGAGCACCCCAAGUGGCGGUCUCCUUUCUCUUGCUUUGCACAGUGCCCAACAGUUAUUCCUCCAAACCGGAUGGCCACUGGGCCUCCGACUUGAAAGCCUUGCUGUCUCGUCCACCAGUCCGACUGCUGCUGUUGGGCGCUUUGUUAACAGGGCUGCUCUCGGGCCAGGGACGCUUCCUCUCGGCCUUCAUCGAGCGAAAACACGGCCUACAACCGAGCGACAUCGGGCUGGUGCUGGGUCCGACGCUGGGCGUGGCGGGCGUCUUGGGAGGCUUUGCCGCGGGACAUUUCAUCGAUCAUUGCUUUCAGAAACGCGGGGGGUACUUUGCCAGCUUCGGUGACGCCCUUGGGCUCCUGCUGGGCAUCGCCGUCUUCGAAGCCUCGUCCUUCGGAAAGCUGGUCCUCUUCGCCGCGCUCGGUGUGCUGGCGGGGACCCUGCGGCAAGGGGUGCAGGCGGUGGUGCAAGAGGAAGGGACUGGACUACGAGGUACCUUGCAAGGGAUGCUGGAGACCUGCUGGUCUGUGGGCACUGGUUUGGGUCCCAUUCUGGUUGGCUGGACCUCGGAUUUGAGCAAGGCCUCUGCAACUUGCGAUGACGCCUGCGCACUACAGAAAGCUCUCCUCUCCUUCGGCAGCGCGGGUAUCACGCUGCGCGGCGCCACGUACCUCGCGUGCGCCUGGUCCUUGGAGCCGCACGCGCUGCGCGCCGAGCCGCACGCAGUGGCUGAAUCGCCGGAGACGCCCACGGUGCUGGGGAAGCCGACCGGUGAGACGGCCGAAAAGGGCGAUGCGUGGUGA